AUGCAGCCUGCCAGCAAAUUCGGAGGGAAGAUUCCCAAGGCGUGUGAACCAUGCCGUAGACGCAAGAUUAAGUGCUCCGGUCACAAACCCUGUCGACAAUGUGAGAACAAGCCAUCCGAUUGCGUUUAUCGACUCAAACCGCGCGUGCGACUGUCAUCAAAGCGGGCCGCAGCGACGGCAACGGAUGCCGAGCCUGGCCACGGUGUAUCCACCCCGGGUUCUGAGCGCAAUCGCCGGGACGAGGUCGCCUCUCAGCGGUCAGUCGAAGAACACCAACAGCAUGUUGCACAAACCGAAGUCUAUCACAGCGUCGCUGCAGCGCACCACGCGCCAAAGUCCACCGAUAGCUCACAGCUGUUCUAUGGGCCUUCCUCAAACUCGGCUUUUCUGCAGCAGAUUCAUCGAGGCCUGCUUUCCGGUCAGUAUGGCCAGAACCAUGCCAGAGAUGUCCAGGAGGGAGGGCCGGGGCUGGACAUGUUCAUGCAGAGGAACAUAUUCUUUGGCAUGCCGCUGAAGAUCAACGUUGAACCAGCUCAGCCCGCAAGCUGUCCCGUGUCUUUGUUACAAGCAGAAGAGUUCGUUCUGCACUUCAAAACAACUCACUUGUCAUCGUUACCCUUCUUCACCCCUUCCGAGCUUGACGACAUGGUUCCAACCUUGUUCAACUAUACCCCCGACACAAAUGUUCAGCCUCAAAGAAAGACUGUGUUUCUUGCUGCGCUCGCGUUGGGGGCAUUGAGCACCUCGCAGACCGACGCUGCAGAAUCGCUAUUUAUCCACGCUAAAAAGGAAGCGGCGAUAUACGAGGAUUCUGUUACUCUACCGAUGAUACAAUUUUCGAUUCUCAUGGCUCAUUAUCAGCUGAACAUGGGUCGUCCCAACUCUGCUUACUUGCACAGUGGCAUCGCAACGCGGAAGGCUUUAUCAAUGGGCCUUCACGCCGGGACCACAAGUGCGAUUUCACGAAAGGAAGAAGUUCAGGGAAGAUUGGUGACGCUAUGGUCUCUUUACUUCCUCGAAAUUUGGCUCAGCCUGGUAGUCGGAAGACGCAGUUCGAUGCAAAAGUCGGAUUUUGAGUCUUGCCCCUAUCCAGAUGGACAACAAACGUUGAUGGCACUUUGCCAGUUCGCCAACAUUCUUGAGGAGGCGAUGGAAUCGAUAUAUAACAGAAGAACUGACUCCCUUCGUCAGUUGUAUGGAAAAGCCGAGAAGCUUUAUGGUCACGUCCGUCAGUAUGGCGAGAAGUGGGGGUUGGGGACUGCCGCCUCUGUAGAACGGGGCGAUGUUGGGAAUACUGGGAAUGCCGAGACGAGCCUUCUUCUACACAACGUAUACUUCCAUGCCAUUCUGCUGAUUUUCCGGCCAUUUUUGAUUGCCGAAGCUGCUCUACAGUCUGGGGAAGGAUCUGGCGGGAUAGGCGAUAUCUGGCUGCGACAAGCUUGCAGACACGCAACAGAUGCUGCACAAGAUGCACUGGCUUUCACCAGCAACAUGCUUCGAGGUCCCGAAAAAUGCAACACCCGGCGAUACCACGCAUUCUUUAUCGAGUCUUCGUGUGCUGUGCUUUUAUAUGACAGCUUGCGCCAUCCAGCAAAGCAUCCACAUAACUUGGAGUUCAUCCAGAUGGCCAUCUCCUGUCUACGAUCUCUGGUUGGGGACGACCCAGUGACAAACGCCAUACGUUCCAUCAAGCGAAUCGUGUGGGCGGUUGAGCAAUCCAUUAAUGCAGCCAAAUCCUCGGCCGCAUUCUUGGACGUUGCUUCUGCCGACUCGUCGCCGUCGUGGCCCGACGAUCGCUUCCCAACCAACAUACAGUUUCCAUCGCUGGAAGAGAACAGAGGUGCCACCUCGGAUGAUUUGAUCUUCUUCAGCAACAGGGCCUACCGACCACAGCCGGAACCUAUCACGGAUUACAACAUGCCGAUGUCCGGGACUGGCUCAGUGGGAAACCCCUUCCCUGAUUUAAACUUUGACGUACUCACGACAGAUCUGUUCAACUUCUUUCCAGUCGACAUGAACUCGGGGCCCCCUGGACAUGGUGGAACGUAG